AUGAGCUACGGGCAGUUUGAGGCGCAGGUGGCUGUUGAGGAGGAGAUACGAGCAGAGGAGGAGGGCAGAGAGGCGGACGAGCUGGGAGGGCAGGGGGUUCAAGCACUGAUUCCCCGCCUUUGUUGCCUGCUGCCCCCCAUUCCCUCCGAUCUCCCACAGGUGUGGAUGAGCUACGGGCAGUUUGAGGCACAGGUGGCUGUUGAAGAGGAGAUCAAGGCGGAGGAGGAGGGCAGAGAGGCGGACGAGCUGGUGCUGGCAGAGCAGUGCAAGGAUCGGGUUACCAGGGCCAGAGCACAUGAGGAGGAGGGCAAAGAGGCGGAUGAGCUGGUGCUGGCAGAGCAGUGCAAGGAUCGGGUCACCAGGGCCAGAGAGGUGUACGAGCGGGCGUUUGAGCACAUGAGGACGAACGCCGCCGACCAGAAGGAGGAGCGGGUGAUGCUGCUGGAGGCGUGGCGGGAGAUGGAGCGGGCGGCGGGCGUGAAUGGCGACCCGGGAUUGGUCGAGAAGAAGAUGCCACGUCGCGUGAAGAGGAAGCGGCCAAUCACCACGGAGGAUGGCACUCCCGCUGGGUGCGUGCAUACUCAUUAUGUGCAAAUUCGUUAUGUGCAAGCACCCAUAAGGGUUGUCUUUUUUUCUCUUUGUCCAACAUGA